GUAUAGUUGUACUUAUUCGUGCUACUUUUUAAAAACAAGGACAAACUUGGCAUUAGGUCCUACUCAAGGUUUAUGCUUCAUCGCUGUUACUGAUAAUUACUCUAUACGGAACUAUUAUCUGUUCAAAACAUCAUGUUUAAAUACAUUCUUUUCUUCAUAGUAUUUUCAAUAAUUUCGAAGCCUUUGACUGCUGAAAAAUUGGUUAACGGAACUUGUCCAUCUAGUCAAAGAACAUUCUGCUAUGAUGGGAUUAUUGUACCUAUGUGGAGACCAUCCACAGGCAUAACUGCCGGCGACAAGGCUGCUAGAGCCAUCGUUUAUUUUUCAGCACUUAUGUAUUUAUUUUUGGGUGUGUCUAUAAUUGCCGAUCGUUUCAUGGCUGCAAUCGAAGUGAUCACUUCGCAAGAAAAGGAAGUGACUUUGAGAAAGAAGAAUGGGGAAACUCAAACGAUAUCCGUCCGCAUAUGGAACGAGACUGUUUCAAAUCUAACUUUGAUGGCUUUGGGGUCUUCUGCUCCCGAAAUUUUAUUAUCUGUUAUUGAAAUAAUUGGGAAGAAUUUUGAAGCUGGGGAUUUGGGUCCCGGCACUAUUGUCGGUUCUGCAGCCUUUAAUUUGUUUGUCAUAAUCGGCGUAUGCAUAAUUGUCGUUCCUGAUGGACAGGUACGUCGAAUUAAACAUUUAAGUGUCUUUUUCAUCACAUCGUCAUGGAGUCUGUUCGCUUAUCUUUGGAUGUAUCUCAUUAUAGCUGUUUUUACGCCUGGAGUAGUGGAAGUUUGGGAGGCACUGCUUACGUUUAUAUUUUUUCCCGUUAUUGUGAUUUGUGCAUACUUAGCCGAUACAAAAAUUUUCUUUAAAAAGUUUCUUAAGAAAAAAUAUCGUGCAACUGCCCUAAUGAAAGCUGCAAACGGUGAUUUAGAAUUGACCAACCACACUGAAGAAGUGACAUAUGCUCCUGCUGAUGGGGACUUAUUAGUUGAGGAAUCGGAAUUCGAUCGCCAUCGUAUGGAUUAUGUGGAAGCUAUUAAAGAAAUUAGGAAACGAAAUCCGAAUAUCGGAAUGAAAGAAUUGGAAGAACUAGCCCAAAUGGAAGUGCUUAAUAAGGGUCCCAAGUCCAGAGCUUACUACAGAAUGCAAGCAACACGCCAACUUACAGGGAGUGGAAAUGUCAUCAAAAAAGCUAAAGUUGAACGUCGAAUGUCUUUUGAUGAUAACCGACUAACAACAGAAACAUAUCCUCCACACGUUCAGAGGUUCUUUUUUAAUCCUGGUCACUACACCGUAAUGGAAAAUGUUGGAACGUUUCCUGUGACAGUUACUCGUGUUGGUGGCGAUAUGCACGCCGUCGUCUCUGUUGAGUACUUCACUCUGGAUGGAACUGCAGUUGCUGGAGAAGAUUAUGAACCAGUUAAAGGUCUACUGUUGUUUUCGGCUGGCGAAACACACAAACAAAUCAUGAUUUCUAUUAUUGAUGACGAUAUUUUUGAGGAAGAUGAACAUUUUACUGUCCAUUUGAGAAAUCUCGAAGUGAAACAUUCGUCUACCAAGAUCGAGCCGGUUCUGGUUGACCCCAUGGUUGCUACUAUUAUGGUUCUGGAUGAUGAUCAUUCUGGAGUUUUUCAGUUUGAUGUGGCUGAUCUUACCGUUAGCGAGUCUUGUGAAUACGCUGAGAUCAAAGUACAGCGUGUUUCUGGUUGCCGAGGUAUCGUUCGAUUGCCAUACCAGACCGUCGAAGGUACCGCUAAGGGAGGCGGAAAGGAUUUCGAAGAUACUGUCGGAUAUAUAGAAUUUCAAAACGAUCAGACAGAGGGUAUCAUUCGUAUUCGAGUAAUGGAUGAUAAUAAUUAUGAGAAAUCAGAAUAUUUCUAUGUACAACUUGGUGAACCAGUUCUUAUUGACAAAGAUGAAAUAGCAGUUGUACGAUCCAUGGAUAAAUUCCGUCGAGCUCGUGAAAAAAUUAAAGCUAUAAAUGAAUGGGAAACAAUUCCAAGUCAUUUAUUUGCACGCAUUACUCAACGCUCAGAUAGUUUAGUAAGUCGUACUAGUUCAACGAAAAAGCGUAAUUCACAAACGCCUAGUGCUAAAGAUGUAAAUUUCAAUCCACGUAAAUCACUUGGUUUCGUAGAAACUGGCCAACCGCGAUUAGGUCAACCAACAAGAAUUAAGAUUACAAUUACAGAGAGUACAGAAUUCAAGAAAACUGUUGACAGGUUAGUGAAACAAGGGACACUGGCUUUAGUGGUUGGUACAUCAUCUUGGAAGGAACAGUUCGUUGAGGCAAUAACUGUCAGUGCUGGAGGCGAUGUUGACGACGAUGAAGGAGAAAAAUUACCGACAUGCAUGGAUUAUGUGAUGCAUUUUUUGACCGUUUUCUGGAAAGUUCUCUUUGCAUUUGUUCCACCAACAGACUAUGGCGGAGGUUGGUUUUGUUUCACUGUAUGUAUACUGGUUAUUGGUAUUUUGACCGCAGUUAUAGGAGAUGUAGCGUCGUCAUUCGGUUGUUCAAUAGGAUUGACUGAUGCUGUUACUGCAAUAACGUUUGUAGCACUUGGCACCAGUUUACCAGAUACAUUUGCGAGUAAAGUUGCUGCUAUCGGUGAUCAAUACGCUGAUUCAUCUAUAGGCAAUGUAACUGGUAGCAAUGCUGUUAAUGUAUUCUUAGGCAUUGGUUUAGGCUGGAGUAUAGCAGCUAUAUAUCAUGCAAUUAAAGGAACACAAUUUUUAGUUCAACCAGGAUCAUUAGGUUUCUCUGUUACUACAUUUUGUAUAUUUGCUGUAGUAGCAAUUAUUUUGAUUAUGUUUAGACGUAAAAAAUCUAUUGGUGGUGAAUUGGGUGGUCCAAAAGUUGCAAAAUAUAUUUCAGCUUUAUUUUUAUUUUUCUUAUGGUUUGUUUAUAUCCUCUUAGCUGGUUUAGAAAAUUAUUGUAUUAUUGAAGGUUUUUAAUUAUUAAAAGGAGAAGAGAGACAAAAAACACAAAUGGAUAAACGAAGAAAUCAGAAAAGAAAUAGGAAAAUUGUUUACAGUAACAACAUUACACAAAGUAUAUACUUUUAUACAAUAUAAAGUAAAACAAAACUAUACAAAUAUAGAAUCAUCAAUAUAACAUUUAUCUAAUUAUAAAUAAUAAAAAAACAAUGAGAGAAGCCAACAUUUAUUAUUCCAUUAACAACAUUACUGACUUAUACAAGAUUCAUAUAAGUGAUUUAUUAAAAUUAAUAAAUACAUAUGCAUAUAAACACAAUUCUUUAAAUGUAUUACAGAUGUCAAUGUUGUUGUUGUUGUUGAUGUUGUGAUUUAUUUCUUUGUUAAAUUGUUCAAUAGAAAGUUAUUAACGGUGACAUUAAUCAUGACAAUAUUGACACAUAUUGAUAUUUUAUUGUUUUAUUAAUAAUAAUAAUAAUACUUCAUUGAAUAGUUUUAGGUAUAUAAAUAGUUGUACUUCCUUAUUUUCCCUUGCUGUAUCUCUUUCUUUCUUGCAAUCAUGCAGCCAUUUUCAUUUACAACCUAAAAACACAAACUAGAUUUACUAACUGAAUAAACCGUUAAACUUGUUUUCUCCUUAUUUUAUGAUUUAUAAGUUUAUUCUCAUCAAUUAAAUUGUCUUUUUUUGACACUAAUUAGAGGAAAGUUAAUCCUAAUGAUACGUUGUAGUAUUCAUAUAUUUAUUGUUUAUAAUAUAAGAGUAAAUGAGUGUAAUCUGUAUAUUGAUCUGUGCUUGUACACUAAUUAUUGAUAACAGAGUCUUAAUGUAUUUUAUUUUCAUAGAUAUUAAUUUGCACCCUUUUUUUAUUGUGCACAACCCAACAUCCUUACUACAUAUACCAAUACAUUAUGAUAU